CAUUCGGGUGAUCCAACUCCCCACCUCUUGUUUUACAAAAUAAUAUUGAUGUAUCAUGGGACUACCGCUUUAUUACGAUUUUUAACAAUUCCUAGUGGAGCUUCCACAUUAGGAACAAAAACAUUCAUAAGAAAAUGUGUACAUAAAUGUGAUAUUAAGUAACUUAAGUAACUAUGACCAAUAUUUUUUAAACAAAUGGAAUGGCGCCAAUGAUUUACACUUUGUAUGGUUUUGCGAUUUUCUUUUUUAUAUUUUGGUGUGCUAUGUGGUUACUGCAUCUUAUAGCAAUAUUUUAUGGAAAAUACCGCCUUCAUAAAAAAAAUCAAAUGAUACCCCCGGAGGAGCCCUAUCCUGGAGUGUCAAUAAUAAAGCCUUUGAUGGGUGAUGAUCCUCAUUUAUUAUCAAAUUUAGAAACUUUUUUUACAAUGAGGUAUCCCAUAUAUGAAAUAUUAUUUUGUAUAGAGGAUGAAAAAGACCCUUCAAUUGAGGUGGUCUAUAAUCUAAUUGAAAAGUACCCCCAGGUACCAGCCAGUGUUUUUAUUGGUGGCUCUUCUGUAGGUGUUAAUCCAAAAAUUAACAAUAUGCAUAAAGCUUAUGAAGCAUCCAGUUUUAAUUUGAUUUUAAUUUCAGAUAGUGGAAUACGUAUGAAAGAAGACACAUUGCAGGACAUGGUAAACCAUAUGACUGAAAAAACUGGAAUAGUUCAUCAAAUGCCUUUCACUAGCGAUAGAAAUGGCUUUGCUGCUACAUUAGAAAAAGUUUACUUUGGAACAGCACAAUCUCGAAUGUAUUUAGCAGCUGAUUGUGUGCGAAUUAAUUGUCACACAGGCAUGUCAACUUUAAUGAGAAAAACAGUAUUAGAAGAGCAAGGUGGUUUAAAAACAUUUGGUUGCUAUCUUGCUGAAGAUUUUUUCAUAGCCAAAUCUUUUAUGGAUAGAGGGUGGAAAACUGCCAUUAGUAGUCAGCCUGCAUUACAAAAUUCUGGAAUUUGUGACAUCUACAGUUUUCAAGCCAGGCUAACAAGGUGGGCAAAAUUGAGAGUUGCCAUGUUGCCUUUAGUAAUUAUAUUUGAACCCUUAAGUGAAUGUAUGGUAAUAGGAGCAUGUACAGGAUGGGCAGCCAGUGUUCUGUUCAAAUGGGAGCCCUUAGUAUUUUAUUUGAUACACAUCUUAGUGUGGUUUUUAUGUGACUGGGUGUUACUUUCCAUAGUACAGAAUAGUUCACUACCCUUCAAUAAGUUCGACUUUGUUGUUGGUUGGCUGUUUAGAGAAUGUUCAGGACCAUAUCUCUUUAUAUUAGCUGUGUUUGAUCCUUCAAUUAGGUGGAGAAAUCGAUGUUUUAAAUUAGCUUGGGGUGGCAUAGCCCAAGAAAUGAAACCUAGAAUAAAAUGUUAAAUUUUCUCAUAUUUAUAAUCUCUUUAUUCAUGAUGCACUUUGUACUUCACUAGACAUGUAAGACCUCAUUUUAGGUCGAACUUACCAUUUUUUCCUGUAAAUAAAUUCAAUAUUUUAUACAUUUCUCGUUAUAUAAUUUCUUAAACCUCUUUUUUGUAAUCAGUAUUAGUAAUAUAUAUUACUUCUCAAUCAGUA